AUGAAAUAUCAGGUUGAUAAUAAAAGUACAGAACUACGAACUGAACCAUGCUAAACAACUAAAUAAGUUCUCAUAUCUCUAAACGGAGAUUUACCUCUUAUUAGCCAAACUGAUAUUACGUAUCCCAAGGUACCAUAAAGUAGACAAUCUUAAAAAUUAUAGUGUGUAAAUUGUUAAAAAGUAUCUAAUACAAAAUUAAAAUACUAAAAUGGAAAAGGUGCUUAUUUACUUAUACUAUUGUUUGUUGUAUUUAUUAUUACAAUUCCUUUGGCAAUUCUUGUUUAUUUUCUAAAAAUGUUUAAAGAUGUACAACAUUUUUGUUCAGAAUGUGGAUGUUUAAUAGGAACAUAGCAUUUUUUAAUUGGAUGA